AUAAAUCAAAGCUCCAAAGCUCAAACAAUAUUUACAAUCAUUAACCAAACCAUGAAACCUGUUUUAUCCCUAACCCUUUCCUUCUUUCUAUUUUCUUUUAUCACCAAUAUUUCACCAAACAAUGCUAUUGAGCAAGUAUUGGACAUAAAUGGCACCCCCCUUACCCCUGGUGGCCAAUACUACAUUUUACCAGAAAGUGAUAACCCUAGUAUUGGAGGACUAAUCCUAAACAAAAUUGAUGAUUUAGAGUGUCCAGUAACCGUCGUACAAGAUAUUACUGUAAUAGGUUUACCAGUUAAAUUCAGCAUGUUAGAAAAUAGCACUAGUAAUAUCUUGCCAGGUACUGAUCUUGAGAUUGAGUUCACUACGAAGCCUGAUUGCGCUAAAUCGUCGAAAUGGUCGAUGUUUGUUGAUCAUGACACUCAACUAAGUUUUGUCGGUAUUGGUGGUUCUGCGAACAAUCCUGGUGUAGAAACAACCAGUGGAAAAUUUUUAGUAGUGAAACAUCAACAUGGAUCUGGUCAUGCUUAUAGGAUUGGAUUUUGUUUGGAUACAACUGGAGAUUGUGGUUUUAUUGCAUUGGAAUUUUUCAAUUCCGAAGAUGGUGGACCACGUUUGAUUUUUACUGUGAAUGAUGCUUAUUCUGUUGUUUUUGUUGAUGCUGCUUCUAUUAAAUCUGCAUCACAUGCAUUGCCUAUUUAGUAUGAGUUGUAAUGAAUAAGUGGAGUUAUUUAAUAAUUAUACUUGCUUUGUUGGAAUUGAUGAUUUUUUUAAAGAGGAGUUGAUGAUCUUGUAUUCCAUUUUCCUGUCAUUUUAUUUGUUCUUGAUGUUAAUAAAAAUUGGGAGCCACAUGUUCAGUUGUGGAUCAAUUUCACCCUC